CGCGUUCAUCUUGGGAACUGCCAUACAACCUCCUUACUCAGCACCUGAUCUUUACGCCUCAUUAGUCCUCCUUGAAAGGUUCGAUAACUCUUACCUGUACUAUCUGGGCAUCUUCCAGUGUUGUCUCCUCUUUAUCUGAAACACCCAAUAUCCACGCUUUUCUACACCAGUCCGAACGUGAGUUGCGGCUUUGGUCCCCUAGAGGUUGGUUGGGAAUUCGAAUAAGCAGGUUGCAUCUUCAAACAAUCAUAUCCUUUCCUGGCCGUACAGUUUUAGCUGUUGUCGGCGGACAGGUUCUCGCCCAAACACCUCAAACUCACAAUGACGAAACACGCAUUCUCGGCCGUUACCGUACAGGUUGAACGGUUGACGAGUGAGCAAUACGAGGAAAAUGACAUUGGUGGUGUUGUCGACCUCAUUGAAGUCAUUCGCAUUCAAUCGUCCGGUCCUACAGAAGCUGCACGAGCUCUCCGAAAGAAACUCAAAUAUGGAAAUGUACAUCGCCAAAUACGUGCGCUGGUUAUUUUGGACGCUCUGAUUCAAAAUGCUGGCACUAGGUUUCAAAAGGGAUUCGCAGAUGAACCCCUUCUUGAGCGGCUUCGCAUUCUCGCCAGGGACGAUAUGGUCGAUGCAGAAGUGCGGCAAAAGGUCAAUGUUCUCUUCCGACAAUGGGCUGUAGCGUACAAAGGGACACCUGGUCUCGAGCGUAUUGCCACACUGCACAAAGAGCUCCCUCGUACAAAACGUCCACAGCCACAGCAGUCCCGCAUUGUCCGACAGCAAGAUGCGGAAGCAGCGCGUGAACGUGAGGAGCAUUCACCCCCUCCGUCUCCUCCAAGAACCAGGCGUCCGGAGCCACAUCAAGCGUCUCCCUCAAUAGGCCGGACUGUUGCUCUUGGCGCUUCUACGUUGCCCGGUUCGUCGAUCUUCAGAAAGGACAAAAAAGACAAGAAGCACCGGGGGAAGACUUUCAAUCUGGAGAAGGAGAAAGGACAACUUCUGGAAACAAUUGCCUCCGCCAAUGUCGCUAGCACAAACUUGUUGAACGGGUUGCAACUCAUCAAUCGCGAGCAGCAGCGUGUCAGUGAGAACCCCGAAGUCAUGAGGCGAUUCGAAACCUGCAAACAGCUCCGUCGUCAAAUUUUACGCUAUAUUCACUUGGUGGAGUCUGAGCAAUAUAUCGGUGGGCUUCUUAACGCCAAUGACGAGCUCGUUAAAGGCCUAAUGGCGUUCGAGAUCAUGGACAAGAGUAUUGACGACGACAGUGACAGCGACAACGAGCCAAGCACAUCGCCUUCGGCCGAGUCGGGUAUGGCUAGGUUAAGGAUCGAUGAACCUGCGCCCGUGAAGCCACCGAGGCCGAUGAGCAUACCCAUGCCGCCAGCACCAGCGCCAGCACCAGCGUCUGGUAAACAACGAGCCGAUCCCGAAAGCGAGCCAGAAGAUGAUGAAGAUGAUCCAUUCGGCGAUCAAAAUGUCGUCAAUACUCCGCGGGUCGAGAGGGGUCAGCCUACCUGGAGAGACGUAUGAGAGUUGAUAGUGGGCUUUCGCGAUUAGGUCGUGGGUAUCACCUCAUGCAUGUGAGCUGUGAGCUGUAAACUUGUGCAUUCAAGGUUUCAACGCUGGGUGAUUAAUUAAGUUUUAUUUAGCUAGAUUUGAAAUUCACGCAAAUAUUCACAUUUACGCGAAA